UUAAGAGGAUGAGAAAGAGCCCUCCGACGAUCGCCUUUAUAUCCGCCCCCACCGUCAAAUCGGUUCUCCUCACCGCCCCUCUCUUGCGCCAUUUCUCAUCUCUCGCGGCGCGGCGGAAGACGGCGAUGGGGAAGAUAUCGAAGAAAUGCGGAGACAAUGGGGAAUUGGCGGCAAGAUGCUCCGGCCUCGCGGUAGUGUUCGGCCCCCGGAGUCGGGAGAGGAGGAGGGCGGCAGUGACCAAGCGGGAGCGCCGGAUUUUCUACCGGGAACACAGGAAACGAGGAGUUGGCAUCCAGACUCCGACUUACGGAACCGUUCCUGGGAAUUUAGGGGGAGUCCGGUACAAAUCGAGCCCCGAACUCGGUCGGAUCCCCCGCUGCUCCAGCGACACCUCCUCCGAAGCAUCAACAACGCCGUCGCGGUCGUCGGAACUUCGGCGGCAGCGACGUGAUGCUGCUUUGCUCUUCCGCUGGAACGGCGAAAGAGAAGAGCCAAUGACCUCCAUCAACGACAACCGCCGCGACGAGGCGAGCGAUGUGGAAUCGACAGUGGAGAUGGAGCCUUACAGGAGACCUAGUGUGGCCGCGACGCCGCCGGAGGCGGAGCUGGAGGCGUUCUUCGCAACGGCAGAGAGAAAUCUGCAGCAGCGAUUCGCCGAGAGGUACAACUUCGAUGUCGUCAACGACGUGCCCAUGGGCGGCCGCUACGAGUGGAUUCCAGUAAUUCCUUGAAGAAAAACUAGGAAACAAGAAUCUUCAAUUUCUUCUUCUCCUCCAACGAAAAAAAAACAUUUCUUUGUCUGUUUUUUUCUCGUCAACUUCCUAUAUUUCCUAAUUUUAAAAUUUCUGUAUAAUAUUCUGCCACGUUUUGUUAAAUUUUCACAUCCUA